AUGAUCUGCAUCGAGAGUUUCGACGACGAAGUUUUCAUACGCCUCCAGGUUUCUUUCCCCAACGGUCACACAUAUAUGGACGUCAACAUGCUAAACACAGCUGUAGACCGACAUUCUCAGGCAUCUCCAACACCAUCACCUACCCCAGCCCCAGGGCCAGACGCAGGACCAGAUAACGAUACUAAUGAGGCCGCAUUCCGUUCCGAGAAUCUACCUAAUGGAAACUCCGAUAUUGAUGUCUUGAAAUAUUGA